AUGGGUCUAAUCACCUUAAUUUACAUCAUUCUGUGCCUACAUUUUCUUGCAUAUGUAUUUCAGUCUUGGUUUAGAAUAUCAAAUAAUUCUAGAAGGCUUCCACCAGGCCCGCCCGGUUGGCCGAUUAUCGGCAACCUUCUUCAGUUGAGUCAAUUACCACAUAGGGACUUGGCUUCUUUGUGUCAGAAAUACGGACCUCUAGUGUACCUUCGACUAGGGAGCAUUGAUGCCAUCACCACCAACGAUCCCGAUAUUAUACGCGAAAUCCUUGUCCAUCAGGACGAUGUAUUCGCCUCUCGGCCGAGGACUCUUGCAGCUGUUCACCUGGCCUAUGGCUGUGGAGACGUGGCAUUGGCUCCGCUAGGCCCGAAAUGGAAGAAAAUGAGGAGGAUUUGCAUGGAACAUCUACUGACAACAAAAAGACUCGAGUCAUUUUCAAGGCAUCGGGCCGAUGAAGCUCAGCAUCUAGUUGAAGAUGUUUGGAGCAAGGCCCGCAAGGAAGAACCAAUAAAUCUGAGGGAAGUUCUGGGUGCUUUUUCCAUGAAUAACGUGACUAGAAUGCUGCUCGGAAAGCAAUAUUUUGGGGAAGAAUCAGCUGGACCACAAGAGGCAAUGGAGUUCAUGCACAUAACGCACGAAUUGUUUUGGCUCUUGGGCUUGAUUUAUUUGGGAGAUUAUCUGCCGUUUUGGAGGUGGAUAGACCCUUAUGGUUGUGAGAGGAAAAUGAGGGAAGUAGAAAAGAGGGUGGAUGAUUUUCACUCAAAGAUCAUUCAAGAACAUAGAAAGAAAUUGCAAACUGAAGGAGUAAAAGAUGAGGCAGAGAUUGACUUUGUUGACGUGCUAUUGUCUUUGGCAGGUGAAGAUGGAGAAGCACACCUAGAUGAUAAGGACAUCAAAGCACUGAUUCAGGAUAUGAUAGCUGCUGCUACCGAUACUUCUGCUGUCACCAAUGAAUGGGCAAUGGCAGAAGUCAUCAAACAUCCAACCGUCCUCGAGAAGAUCCAAGAAGAGCUUGAUACCGUAGUCGGACGUGAUCGGAUGGUCACAGAAUCUGAUUUAGCCCACCUAAAUUACCUACGAUGCGUUGUACGUGAAACUUUUCGAAUGCACCCGGCCGGUCCAUUUCUCAUUCCGCAUGAGUCAGUUCGAGCCACCACGAUCAACGGAUACCACAUCCCUGCCAAGACACGGGUUUUCAUCAACACGCACGGCCUAGGACGGAACACCAAGAUAUGGGACGAUGUGGAAGAAUUCAGGCCGGAGAGGCAUUUAACAGGAGAUGGGAGCCGAGUGGAAAUAAGCCACGGAUCCGACUUCAAGAUAUUGCCUUUUAGUGCUGGGAAAAGGAAGUGCCCCGGGGCGCCGCUGGGGGUGACGCUGGUGCUAAUGGCAUUGGCUCGGCUGUUUCAUUGCUUCGAUUGGAGGCCAGCUGAUGGAUUGAGACCUCAAGACAUUGAUACCAGUGAGGUUUAUGGCAUGACCAUGCCCAAGGCCAAUCCCCUGGUGGCGAUUGCUAGGCCCCGCCUGCCUUCUCAUUUCUACCAGUCCUCUUAAGUCUUGACUCAAGGAUUUGUUCUCCAAAAAAAUAAAGGGCUACUUGUAGUAUUAAUGUUAGCGAAAAAAAAAAUUUCUAAAAAAGUCACAAGUUUGCAAUUAAAUUGCC